CAGUGCGCAGGCGCCCAGCCUAGUUGAUCUUCUCGUCCCGUAAACAGAGAGGCCACGGCCGACACCUUUUGCUUCCGGGUCACACCUUGACAGCCGCUCUCACGACCCACCUCUGCCCGGCGAUUCGGCAGUUUGGAGCAUGUGAACACACUCUGAGCCUUGAUGAGUUCCAGUAUGUGGUAUAUUAUGCAGAGCAUUCAGAGCAAAUACUCUCUCUCAGAGCGCUUGAUCCGAACAAUUGCUGCCAUCCGCUCCUUCCCACAUGAUAAUGUAGAGGACCUCAUCAGAGGGGGAGCAGAUGUGAACUGCACCCAUGGCACAUUGAAGCCCUUACACUGUGCCUGUAUGGUGUCAGAUGCUGACUGUGUGGAGUUACUUCUAGAAAAGGGGGCUGAGAACUCCCUAGGAAUUGCUCGUUGACACUUUUGUUAAAAGCACAGUGUAGCAAAGGUGAAUGCCCUGGAUGGGUACAACCGAACAGCCCUCCACUAUGCAGCAGAGAAAGAUGAGGCUUGUGUGGAAGUCCUGUUGGAGUAUGGUGCAAACCCCAAUGCACUGGAUGGCAACAGAGACACCCCUCUUCACUGGGCAGCCUUUAAGAACAAUGCUGAGUGUGUGCGGGCUCUCCUAGAGAGUGGGGCCUCUGUCAAUGCUCUGGAUUACAACAAUGACACACCACUCAGCUGGGCUGCCAUGAAGGGAAAUCUUGAGAGCGUCAGCAUCCUUCUUGAUUAUGGCGCAGAGGUCAGAGUCGUCAACCUAAAAGGCCAGACACCCAUCUCCCGCCUGGUGGCUCUGCUAGUCAGGGGACUUGGAACAGAGAAAGAGGACUCUUGCUUUGAGCUCCUCCACAGAGCCGUUGGACACUUUGAAUUGAGGAAAAAUGGCACCAUGCCACGAGAAGUGGCCAGAGACCAGCAGCUAUGUGAAAAACUGACGGUUCUGUGCUCAGCCCCAGGGACUCUCAAAACACUCUCUCGCUAUGCUGUGCGCCGCAGCCUGGGACUCCAGUAUCUGCCUGAUGCAGUGAAGGGCCUUCCACUGCCAGCUUCUUUGAAGGAAUACUUGUUACUUGUAGAGUAGCCUGGAGGAGACAUUUGCACCAUCAUGUGGGCCACUCUGGGUGAGGUUGUCCUUGCAGUACUGUCUCUUUGUCAUGGAAAACAGAAAAGCAGUUUUUCCUGUUGUAUGGUUUAUAGAUUUCAAAGCAACAUGUUACAGCAGUAAUGUCCCCCCCACCCCAAACCAAGCAACCAAACAAAAGACUCUCACUUUUGUUUUCUGUUUAUUGCUUACUUGGCUUUUAACAGCAUACCCUGCAAAAGGAGAGGUCUCCCCUAGCCCUUCCCUUUAGGGAAGGAGUUGACAGUGCAACUAAAUUUCCCUAGGAGGAGGGAAAGUAUUUAAAGAGUGUAUGAGUGGUUUUCCUUUGGGGACCUUGCUAAUGUUCCAGAAGAAUACCUUCUAAAUAGCAUUUGAAUUGUUAUGUGAAGAAGUUUAAGAAAAUCACAGUGUCAACUGAUAACAACUGCAUCCCAAAGAUAAAGGUACUGCAACGUCAAAUGAUGUCGAUUCAGAAUUGGGCUGGAUGAUGUCCCUAGCGUGCCAUGUCAUGAGGCAUUCAGAAGGAACUGGUUUUGUUUCUCCAAUCAAAGGAAAUAGCAGUCUUUGCCCCUUUUCCAUGGUGUGCCCAAGAGUUAAUAGUAGUUCAGCAAUGUUAUUUCAGAAAGAGUGAUUAUCUUGCAGCUUUCUACAUAGAAGAAAUAGCAGGUUCUAAGCAGUCCUGAGAACUUCUAAAAGUCCUGAGAACUUUUCUUCUAAUGCAGCUGUUUCUCUUCCUGAAAGUCAGUUUACUCUCAUGGGCUUAGCCGGUAGUUCCUACUUCUUGGACUAAGGUGUUUGUUCUAGCAGGGGAGGCAUUGUGGGCUAGGCUGCCUAUUCCCAUGGGUCUCCAUUCCCUGUGAAAAGCUCACUCUGCUUCAAGUGUGGUUAUUUUUCUUUGUUUUGGGAGCCCUUUUUAUUAACGGAUCUCUACAAGAUAUUGGUGGGGGAUGGAGUUGGCAAGGGAAUGGGGGAAAGAGCAUGUAAGAGCUUCUUAUAAGAUGGCCCACCUACCCAAAAGAGGUCUGUUUUGGUGAAUACCACUUAGUCAACAAUACUCUUGCUUCUCAUGUUUCUAAACUAGAUCACGUUGUUAUUUGAUCUUAGAUGACCUGUAUGCAAAUAUGAAAAACCUUUUUUUAAAAAACUGAUUGGAAACUAAAAAAAAAAAGUGAAUAGGAUAUGUUGACACAGCUAAUUUAAAAUAAAUGAAUGAGAUAAGUUGACACAGCUAAUUUGAAAAGAAUGUCUGCUUUUGUCCUUUUGCUAUUGGUGUUUUUUGCCCAUUAAAAAAAAAUAAAUAGUUCUAAAGGCAAGUUUGGCAA